ACAAAAAAACAGAAUAUGCACAUGCACAACAGCAAACAAAUAAACACAGCAUUGCAAAAGACCUAGUGAUUACCUAGUUACAGGUGGAGAGUAGAAAUAGCAAUGGGCAAUCAAAGUCAUCUUUAAUAUAAAGACAUUGUUAUGAUCCCUGGACAAUAACAGAGUAUUUAAAAGUAGGUAUCCUCUGAAGAGUUAUGAGGUGGAGUGCACGGAUCAUCCAUCCAAGUGACGGAUGCAUAGAGGGAGGUUGCGUAAACUGUUCCCGCCCACUUGCACUUGCUACUGUUGCUGAAUAGAUGCAGGCUGUAUUGCCACUGGAGACUCCCAAAACUAUCUGCCUGUCAUCGCCAUGGGGAGAAGGCUGUGGUGUGUCUCUUUGCUUGUCUUCGUCAUUUUCCAAGGAAUGGCGUUGGCUCCCUGAGAGCCAGGCUCUAAGGAAUCCCCACACUGGGGAGUGUCUGACUGCACCGGGAGAGCAGUAUGAAGGUGUCCACCUGCAGACCUGCGUCUUUCCCCCUGAAAGUGACGAGACUGAUGCUGGAGUGGUAGCGGUGGAUAUAGGCCGAGAGGCAAGAAGCCAGGCAUGGUCCUGUUCCAAGAAAGGCCACCUCAAUUUGAUAGGGACUGGUCUGCACUUGAGUGCCACACAAGAAUCCACUUUGGUCUUCCUUUCAAGGGAACACAAGCAGCCUGGCAGCAGGUGGCGGACACUUGACAACCAGACAUUGUGCAAUGGGAGAGAUGGCAAACACAACCAACACCAAUCUCACCACAAUCUGGGGAAAUCGUUGGAACCUGGGAUUUUUCCAAGUGCCAUCUCUAAUAUACGCAGACAGGCUGAAACAUUUGAAGGUAUAUUGGGCGUUGAGGUCACAGAAACAUAUCCCCUAAUGGAUAUGCCUCUUUUGUCGCUGAGCACCAAAUCCCCUGCAGAUCCCACCAUGAUUUUCUUCAGUACGGACUAUGGGAUGGGCUGGAAGAUAACCAUGUUGGUACUAAGUUCUUUGGCUCUGGUCCUGGGGACUGUGAUUAUUAUCCUCAAUGUUUACUCCAAUAGAAGGAAGAAGGUGGUGUGUGUUUUGAAGUCAUACACUUCGAGGCCAGAGGCGAGGGUUCCUGGAUCCCCGGUACCCAAUGAAAGAGCCCCGCUGACAGAGCAUGCCAUGCGCCUCCCAACCUCCUCCCCCACUUUACAACGAGGAGAAAUCCUGAUUGAGUGGAAGGAUGGCACUGUUACUCCACUGUACGAGGCCUGAAGAUUGUACCGUUUAAGUAUGUUUGAACAUGGGGGGGGGGGGGGGGGGGGGGUUUCUUGUGACAAAAUAAGUUUUCUGUUGUUUCAGACUGUUGGCAUCAAAAUAACAUUAAGCUAACUGUUCAUGUUCUCAUGUUCAACUGAGUUCAUGGAUCAGUAUCUGACUGUUUCUGUGAGACUUAGCUGCCAAUGGAAGUUAAAAGCUGUUGUGAAGCUGCCAGAAUAGAAAGAGUUGGACUAUAAGUUUUCACUAAUACCUGACAUCUGGUGUGUGAGAUUUGAGGGAUCGCUUUUGGAUGAAAUGACUGUAAAAUUAGUUUUUAAGCAUUCAGCCAUUAAGUAGGCGUACUAUAAGUACAACUCAAGGGCUCAACAAAGUAACCAAUAGCUUAGCCCUUUAUUUGGAUAAAUACUAAUAGAAACUAAUCUUUGUUUGUUUAGGCCUAACUAUAUGAAGGGCUGAUCAUCUAGCCCCAGUUUGAUGUUGGACACUCAAGUUGCUUCAGGUGUCUCUUUACAUAUUUGCUUGAUCUUGAAGCAUUUAAAAGGUCUGCAGGCAUUGAAUUGAUCUUGUAAUUAACAUUGUGCCAAAUAACAUAUCAAGGUGCACCGUGGCUCCUCAGACUCACAACCUUAAUAUUAGGAUUAACAGGCUUUUUAGGAAAAUAUAAGGACAGUUGUUUUGCAAGAUAGUUUGAUGGAAGUUGUUUUCAGAACACAAUUCAGUAUUAUUUAGAUCGUACUCUAUCAUAACUAUAUAGAGUAGUUAAGAUGUUUCAGAAGAACAUUUUAACCUAGUUUACAUAAGAAAUGUCAGUAGUCCGACAGCAUAAUUCAGUACUGCAACACACUUUGCUUUAAUACGGACAUUACAAAAACAUUUAUUAAUUCAAAUUGUUAAUAAAGAGAGUGCUUAUAACAUUGCCUUUGACCUUGGAAAUGUGAAUAUCAUAUGAUAUAUUUGAAAGCUCCAGAACCAUCUUUUGAAUGGAGAUUGUUAGUUUUUUUUGCAUUUGUAUAUAGUAACCUGGUAAAACACUAAUUAGUGGCAAAUGUGUUUAGUUUUUUUAACUAAAGUUAAGUAUUUUUAUGCUGUGAACUAGCUAAUAAAAUGGGAUAUAUAUAUAUAUAUAUAUAUAUAUAUACAAUUGACUGUUUUUAUGACUACAUACUAACAUGAUGUAUUAUCUAAAGCGUAUGUACUUCUGUGUUUAUUGUACAUCUGCCAACCCUUUCCCAUAGUAGUUUAAUAUUAGUGAGGGGGAAAGAGAAUGGUUGCUGACAAAAGCACCAUUUAUAGUAAUUACUUCAGACAGUCUGUAGGGAUGUAAUAAUCACAGAUAUGUUAAUUUGAUGAUGAUGGUGACUUGGCUUCCAGGGAACAUGGUAGUCCCUGUGGCAUGGAAACUGCCCAGCAGGAGGAGUCUGUUUACAACAGAACCAAAGGUGCUUUUACUAUUUUUUUUCUGGGAGAGGUCUGGGUGAUGUUUGGUAGGUUAAUUUAAUCUCCCCUUCAUUUUAACAAUAAUGAGUGUGUGUUUGGACAAAACCCUGCCAGAAAGAAAGUUAGUGUUACAUGUAAGCCUGGUACUUUGUCAAAAGUGUAUGUGCAACUAACACUUCUGCCUUUUGUUAUAUUUGCUUUUAAUGCACAUGUUUGUACACCUAAAGCUAGAGCUUGACACCCUGUCUCCCCUGCUGCUAGUGUUUGUACUAAUGAGAGGGUACAAAGUUAAUGAUAAUGAACAGCACACGGCUCCCUGUAAAUGACAUGGCAUCUCACACCCUUGCAAACCACAUCCACAUACCUAAAAAAAAGCAGGUUAUUUAUUUCCUAAGCUUCCACAAUAAUACACUUUAUCUUUAGGACAUUAGGUUUAUCAUACUUUAAUUACUUUUUCCUUAUGUUUUGUUGUAGAGUUGCCAAACCGAUAACUAUGCGGUCUAUAUUUGGAAAUGACAAGUUUUCACAUUGGAUUUAAAAUAAAAACAAUGCCUAUGUGGGUAAAUUUCCGCUUUACCCUCAUUUUAAUGGUUGGCUGUUUACACACUCAUUGGGUGAACAGUUUAGGAAUCGUAACCCUAUCAUGUGAACUCCCUUUGCAGUUGCACAGACAUGUCUUCUUGCAGGUGAGGAAGGAGGGGAUGGGAAGGAUACCUGUAUGAAUAAGAGGUGUGUGUGAGAGAGGACUGACUCAGCACUCUCGAUACCUGGCAGAUCAUAUAUCCGGUUUCAAAGUCUCUAUAAUGGUUCCUUCAGAUCAGUGUAUUCACAAAAGUACUCUGGUAAAUGUUGUUAAAAUUAUGUUUCUGCCUGUUCCUUUGUAUUUCAAGUUGCAUUGAUUAAGUGAU